AACCAAAAACAAGAUGAUACUUGGGAUAAUGUUUGUGAAAAAGUUGACUCUUGGUCCACAAAGUCGACUCGUGAUAAAGAGGAUUCUUUUGAAAACUCUUUACCACAAAUUGAAUUUGAGAAUCAAUUCUCUGUAAUUGAUCUAAAAUUUUAUACGAGAUAUGAAGAAUAUCUUGAUGAUGUAAGAAGAGAAGAUCCUAAGAAUUAUCAAAAAUAUAAAAUGUGGUUUAGCUAUUUUGAUGCACAUGCAUGUUCAUAUCACAAUCUCUUUAACGAUGGCAUGCAUUAUUAUAAUAACGAUAGUUGGGAAAUAGUUGAACACAGAAUAAAUUUUUACGAACUCGAUUUUGA